AUGUCUGAGGACAACCCGUGCCAGACCAACCCCUGUCUGCAUGGAGGCAGCUGCCUGCCGGAGGGCGACGGCUACAGCUGCUACUGCCCCCAGGGCUACUCUGGAGAGAGCUGUGAGAUCGACAUCGACGACUGCCAGUCCAACCCGUGUCAGAACGGAGGCACCUGCAUCGAUGAGAUCAACUCCUUUGUGUGCCUGUGUCUGCCCAGCUACGGUGGAGCCACGUGUGAGAAAGACACAGAGGGCUGUGAACACACGUGGAGGAAGUUCCAUGGCCACUGCUACAGGUACUUCAGCCGCAGACACACCUGGGAGGACGCAGAGAAGGACUGCAGGGAGCACAGCGGACACCUGGCCAGCAUACACGCACUCCAGGAGCAGGACUUCAUCAACGGUCUGAGUCAUGACAACACCUGGAUCGGACUGAACGACAGAACAGUGGAAGAGGAUUUCCAGUGGACUGACAACAUGGACCUGCAAUAUGAGAACUGGCGGGAGAACCAGCCAGACAACUUCUUUGCGGGUGGAGAGGACUGUGUGGUGAUGAUCGCCCACGAGAACGGCAAGUGGAACGACGUGCCCUGCAACUACAACCUGCCCUACGUCUGCAAGAAGGGAACAGUGCUGUGUGUCAACCCUCCCACCGUGAAGAACGCCUUUCUGAUUGGUCGUAAGCGGUCCCACUAUGACAUCCACUCAGUGGUGCGUUACCAGUGUGCCGACGGGUUCCUCCAACGCCACGUCCCCACGGCCAAGUGUCGUGCCAACGGCAAAUGGGAGCGGCCCAAAAUCAUCUGCACUAAGUCCCGGGGAGCACAGCGCUACAGGCGGCACCAUGACCAUCACAACGGCCGACGGGAGCGCAGAAAGCACAAGAAGCACGGCCAUGGACACGGAGAGGGGGGCCACCACGGAGGGGAUCAGGGCCACAGGCAUGGGCACGGGCACGGGAACGGGAACGCUCAUGCCCACAUCUGA